UCCAAGAUGGCGGCGCCGGGGGCGCUGCCUCCUCGGCCGCCGCCGCCGCCGCUGUGAGGGGCCUGUGGGCCGCCCGCCCGCCCGCUGCGCCGGCGCCAUGAAGAGGCAGAGCGAGCGAGACUCGAGCCCAAGCGGGCGAGGCUCGUCAUCGUCGGCCAAGCGGCCACGGGAGCGCGAACGGGAAGCAGAGGCGGGCGGGCGGCGGGCGGCGCACAAGGCCUCGGGCGGCGCCAAGCAUCCUGUUCCAGCGCGGGCCCGCGACAAACCCCGCGGUAGCGGGGGCGGCGGGGGUGGGCAUCGCGACGGUCGCGGCGCCGGGGACGCGAAUCACCGUGCGAGCAGCGGCCGCUCCUCGGGCUCGGGCGCCGGCGGCGGGGGACGCGGCGGCAAGGCCUCCGGGGACCCAGGCGCUUCAGGGGCUUCGCCUCGCGCGUCUCCGCUGCCGCCACCUCCGCCGCCACCCGGGACCGAGCCCGCGGGUCCCGGCUCGUCGGCGGCUGCGCCUGAGUACAAGACGCUGCUCAUCAGCAGCCUGAGCCCUGCGCUGCCUGCCGAGCACCUUGAGGACCGGCUCUUCCAUCAGUUCAAGCGCUUCGGCGAGAUCAGCCUGCGCCUGUCGCAUACGCCAGAGCUGGGCCGCGUGGCCUACGUGAACUUCCGGCACCCGCAGGACGCACGCGAGGCCCGCCAGCACGCCCUGGCCCGCCAGCUGCUGCUCUACGACCGGCCGCUCAAGGUGGAGCCCGUGUACCUGCGUGGUGGCGGCGGUGGCGGCGGCGGCGGGAGCAGCCGGCGAAGCAGUAGUAGCAGCGCUGCGGCCUCCACCCCGCCCCCGGGUCCGCCCGCCCCCACGGACCCGCUCGGCUACUUGCCCCUGCACAGUGGCUACCAGUAUAAGCAGCGCUCGCUGUCCCCCGUAGCCGCCCCGCCGCUGCGGGAACCCCGUGCUCGCCAUGCCGCUGCAGCCUUUGCCCUGGAUGCUGCCGCCGCUGCCGCAGUGGGACUAUCCCGGGAGCGAGCCUUGGACUACUACGGGCUUUACGAUGAUCGCGGACGCCCCUACGGCUACCCGGCCGUGUGCGAGGAGGACCUGAUGCCUGAGGACGACCAGCGCGCCACGCGCAACCUCUUCAUUGGGAAUCUGGACCACAGCGUGUCUGAGGUGGAGUUGCGGCGGGCCUUCGAGAAGUACGGCAUCAUCGAGGAGGUGGUCAUCAAGAGACCUGCCCGUGGCCAGGGCGGUGCGUAUGCCUUUCUCAAGUUCCAGAACCUAGACAUGGCCCACAGGGCUAAGGUGGCCAUGUCAGGCCGGGUGAUUGGCCGCAACCCCAUUAAGAUAGGCUAUGGCAAGGCCAACCCUACCACUCGCCUCUGGGUGGGUGGCCUGGGACCUAACACCUCACUGGCUGCUCUGGCCCGGGAGUUUGACCGCUUUGGGAGCAUUCGGACCAUUGAUCACGUCAAGGGAGAUAGCUUUGCUUACAUCCAGUACGAGAGCUUGGAUGCAGCCCAGGCCGCCUGUGCAAAAAUGAGGGGCUUUCCCUUGGGCGGUCCAGAUCGAAGGCUGCGCGUGGAUUUUGCCAAAGCAGAGGAGACCCGAUAUCCCCAGCAGUACCAGCCCUCACCCCUCCCUGUGCAUUAUGAGCUGCUGCCGGAUGGAUAUACCCGGCACCGAAACCUGGAUGCUGACCUGCGGGUGCGGGAUAGGACCCCCCCACACCUCCUGUACUCAGAUCGAGACCGGACCUUUUUGGAAGGGGACUGGACCAGCCCCAGUAAAAGCUCUGACCGCCGAAACAGCCUGGAGGGGUACAGCCGCUCAGUGCGCAGCCGGAGUGGGGAACGCUGGGGAGAUGGGGACCGGGGCCUGCCCAAGCCCUGGGAGGAGAGGCGGAAGCGGAGGAGCCUUUCCAGUGACCGUGGGAGGACAACCCACUCCCCUUACGAAGAACGGAGCAGGACCAAGGGUGGUGGGCAGCAGGUGGACCGGGGCUCAGACCGCACUCCUGAGCGCAGCCGUAAAGAGAACCACUCUAGUGACGGGACCAAGGAGUCAAGCAGCAAUUCCCUCAGCAACAGCAGACAUGGGGCUGAGGAGCGGAGCCACCACCACCACCACGAGGCUCCUGACUCUUCCCACGGGAAGAAGACACGAGAGAGCGAGCGCAAUCAUCGGACCGCUGAGGCUGAGCCCAAGCCUCUGGAAGAGCCAAAACACGAGACCAAAAAGCUCAAGAAUCUUUCUGAGUAUGCCCAGACACUGCAGCUGGGUUGGAAUGGGCUCCUAGUGUUGAAAAACAGCUGCUUCCCGACAUCUAUGCACAUUCUAGAGGGGGACCAAGGGGUUAUCACUGGCCUCCUCAAAGACCACACUUCUGGGAGCAAACUGACCCAGCUGAAGAUCGCCCAGCGCCUGCGACUGGACCAACCCAAACUUGACGAGGUCACACGGCGCAUCAAGCAGGGGAGCCCCAAUGGCUAUGCGGUGCUCCUAGCCACCCAGGCGACCCCCAGUGGGCCCGGCACUGAGGGGAUGCCCACGGUAGAGCCAGGCCUACAGAGGCGGCUUCUCAGGAACCUGGUCUCCUACUUGAAACAGAAGCAGGCUGCGGGGGUGAUCAGCCUGCCGGUGGGUGGGUCCAAGGGCAGAGACAGCACGGGCAUGCUCUAUGCCUUCCCACCCUGUGACUUUUCACAGCAGUACCUCCAGUCAGCACUGAGGACAUUGGGCAAGCUAGAAGAAGAACACAUGGUGAUAGUUAUAGUAAGAGACAUUGCCUAGCCCAGACCUGUCUCCAGCUCCGCGUUUGUGUCACAAAAGCAGUUAUUUUAAAAUCUGAUUCCCCACAUCCUAUCCCCUUGGUUUGAAUUCUCUGCUGGGUUAUUUCGGUUCAUUUGGUGGAGGACCAGAGUCCUGACCCCUACCAACACUAAGUUCUUAGAUUUUUGAGAGUUUUUUUUACAGCGAUGAGAAAAGGGACUCCUGUCACAUUGAUUUCUAGUGUACAAGAUACUGUCUGCUGUGUUCUGUAUUUUUUUAUUUUUUGACUAACUGUAUGGAAAGUUGUCAGUAAAGCCUUUGUUAGAGGAUGGAUUUUUAAUCCUGUUCAGAGUCCUGGUUUAAUCAAGUUUUUUCCCCACUGCACGCACACAAAUGCGCCAUCUCUGCAGCACUGGUGUAGCUCAGAGUCCUGCCGGAUUGGUGACUCUCAGUCCCUCAGCUCUUUGGGCUGAGUCAGGACUGUUCACAUUUUUAACCUUGGCUGAGAGCAGGUGGGCUUCAGUUUGCGUCUGGACCCUGCCUUUGCCUGCCUGAACAAAGCCCAUGCAAAGAAAAGGGGUGAGCCUAAGGUCUAUAACCAGCAGCUGUAGUAGUUUUGGAGUUUUUGUUUUCUUGCCCUAAACGUGUGUGUUCAUCUGCUUGAGGUAUAGCUCUUGGACAAGAUGCCCAAUCUUGAAAUCUCUGCCAGCAGGUAGCCUAGCAGUUGUGUGAUCUUGUAGUCAUGGGGGAGAGCAGUGGAAUAUCGGUGCCAGGGGUCUCGGUGUCACAUACCCAACACAGGUUCCCCCUCUUGUUCAGCCUCCAGCCUUAACAGGGCAGCCCAGGAAUGCUCAGUUGGAGACUGAGCUGCCUCAGACUCCAAGGGACGCUAGAGGCCAAAUGUUGGAAUGGAGGAUGAGAGGAAGCCUCUUUUGGGUCAUUUUUUAACUUUACGCAAUGUCUGUGAAUUCUGGUUCUCCCUUUGGUUAUUCGUGGCUGAUGUGUCAAAGGAUUGGGCCUCUGCCCAAUCACUAGAGCUUUUGUGAAGGACACUGAAUCCCUAGAUGGAAGAAUUUUUGCAAUGCUGCAAGGGCACGCAGUGGGUUCGGAAGAUGCUCUUAACUGGCAUACCUCGUGCUCUCAGCCUCUUGCCCUGCUGCUGAGGUGGAACCACUGGAAGAAAGGUGCUUCUGUGGGGAAAUGCGGUCACAGGUACCACGCUUUGGCUUGUUGGCCUUAAUGGCUUUGACUAGCAUUGCCCGAGCUAGGGGGCAAUGUGGAGGCAUCCUGGAGCUGGGAGGGACUCUUGAAAGAAUUAAUAAUACUGUCAUCACUGGUCUCUAGUGAGGUCAUAGGGCAAAUGAAGCCAGCACCAUUGGAGACCCUAGAGGGAAACCAGUCAUACAGCAGUUGUCACCAUGUCCCAAAAGGCUCAUUGUCAGAGCUGAGGGACAGCAGAAGCCUCAGAGAAACGAACCCCCAAAAGGCCAGGAACUCUAGGUUCUGUUGGCCAUGCCACUCCCUGGCCUGGUCCACUACCCCAGCUGGGGCAAGGCAACACAGGUGACAGCCCAGAUGUUUUGAGAUAGUUGUGAGAUGGACACUGAGGCUCUGUGUCCUGCAUGGAGAAUACAUGCUUUUCCACAAGGACAGUGAAGGAGGUAGCUUUUAGGGACCUUGGAGAUUUAAAACGAACAGGGGAAGAUGCCUGGGCAAGUACUGCUCGCUGGGUUAAAGCUGGUGCUCAUGAAGAGAACAAGUAUGUUCACAACAGAAAACCUUAAAAUGUGUUUAUUUGCUUGUUUGUACUUGCGCUGUGGCAACACCUGCAGGGUGUCUGAGCCAGCCUGUGGGGGCCCAGCUGACCACAGCUCCACCAUCCCAGGGUAGCUCAUACUGCCAGGAGGAGUGGCCCUUAUCUUGUUCAGAGCAAAUAAGGUAGCAGUGACCUGAAGGCACAUCACAGGGCUUCCUGCAGAUCUUUGAGAAAUGCCUGGGUCACACACAGGCCAGAGUUGCCUUGCCCCUUUAAGUCCAAAACUUCUCGGGGCUGCUCCUUCAUAGAGUGGGUACUCAGAACCCAGAAUACUACACCUCCUAGCAUUCCCAGAUGGAAACCUGCAGAAGACGCUUCAAUGCCUGACUGGUCCACUCUUCAGGGAUAGGUGCUCUCUGGCCCCAAAAGGAAAUACAGAGUUUUAGUAAAGAACCACUACCUACUGUGUGACCUUCCUUCUCUUCCCUGGACCCCGUUCUCAACCACUUCCUUUGGCUCUUAAGAUACAACAGGUUCUGUGAACUUCUCAGAAAGGCCUUGGCCAGCACUAGUAAGGAUUAAGUUAGAUGGUCAAGGCACUGGUUGAUUUCAGACUGCCCCAGAGAGGACGAUUUAACUGCAGGCAUCAAGCACCUCCACCUGGGGGUUUGGAGCCUGAGAUGAUUAACCUGAGGUU